AACACUCGCAAGACUACAUUUCUGCUGUUCCUGUGCGUUGCCGAGCUUGCCGAGUAUGUAGUGAAACGUAAUUUCUGCGUUUUGGAUAUCGUGGUCGCCUUUGUUGUGGUUUUGGGUGUGUAUGUGUGUGUAGAGGAAUGGCAUCGUCUCUACGGUGUAGGACACUGGUGCAUGUCCGUCAUUGCAGUUCUGGUGUGCGCCUGAAUGAUGUUGUAAUUGUCUCUGGUGUGCGCACACCCAUGGGCUCAUUUGGAGGUGCUUUGUCAUCACUCUCCGCACCUCACUUGGCAGCAGUCGCCAUUAAGGGUGCAAUCGAGAGGGCAGGCAUUCCCAAGGAGGAGGUGAAGGAAGUGCUGAUGGGCAACGUCCUCCAGGCAAAUGUGGGUCAGGCCCCUGCGCGGCAGGCCACGCUCUUUGCAGGGCUGCCAAGCACAACAAUUUGCACAACAGUGAACAAGGUCUGCGCCUCAGGCAUGAAGAGUAUCAUGCUGGGGUCUCAGGCCCUAAUGUGCGGUCUGCAGGAUGUCGUGGUGGCAGGUGGCAUGGAGUCAAUGUCGAACGUCCCAUUUUACAUGCCGCGUGGCGAGACCAGCUAUGGUGGAGUGAAACUGAAUGUCAGUAAUGUAUUGUGAGGCAGAUGAGCCAACUGUAACAGUUUGCAAUGAAAGUUUAUAUGUGAGACAUAAGUUAUUUGAAGAUUGCCAUGUGAAAGUGUCACUUGCUUUAAUUAAUUUUAGGGACCUGUAUUAUUUGAGUGUAACUUGCUGAAUUCCUGUACCAUAGCUCAGGCAGUUAAGGCACUGCCUCCUCACUGCAUAGCCUUGAAUUGGUCCAGGUGAGUGUCCUUCACAUGUGACCUGGUACUUGACUGGUUAUGGACUGAGGGAGUUAAUGUGGAAGAUGAUCAUGAAAAAACAUGUCCACUAGAUACAUAUGAAGGAUCAUAAACAUGCUCCUC